ACGAGUCAGUGUCUGAGAAGAACUUUGCAACAAACCAUGCUUUAAAACUAAGCAACCAAGAAGAAAGAUGCCUAUCUUUGGCUAAAGGGGACAAAUCCUCUUCCUCAACCGGCUACCGGAUAAAUCAUGAAAGAUUGGCUAAACAUUCCUCUUAUACAGAUCUUCACCCUGGCUGUCUUCAGCUUGACAGAGAAGCUCCCAAAAGGUCCAAUUAUCACCACCCCUCUUGAGACUGUGGAUGCUCUGGUUGAAGAGGCAGCCACCUUUGUGUGUGUCGUAAAAUCUUUUCCCCAGGCAGAGAUUACCUGGACACGUAAUAACAUUCCUAUCAGAUUUUUUGAUACUAGGUAUGCCAUACGAGAAAAUGGGCAACUCCUAACUAUUCUGAGCGUGGAAGACAGUGAUGAUGGGAUAUAUUGUUGUACUGCAAACAAUGGUGUAGGAAUAGAAGCAGAAAGCUGUGGGGCAUUACAAGUGAAAAUGAAGCCGAAAAUAACCCGUCCACCUUCAAAUCUGAAAAUCAUUGAAGGAUUGAAGGCUGUUUUCCCAUGUACUACAAUGGGAAAUCCCAAGCCUUCCCUUUCCUGGAUCAAAGGAGAAAAUGUGAUAAAGGAAAAUUCUCGAAUUGCUGUUCUUGAAUCAGGCAGUUUAAGGAUUCAUAAUGUACAGAAGGAAGAUGGUGGACACUAUCGCUGUGUGGCAAAGAACAGCCUCGGGACAGCCUACUCUAAACCUGUAAUUCUGGAAGUGGAAGUUUUUGCUCGAAUUCUGAAGGCUCCUGAAUCCUAUAACGUAAGCUUUGGCUCUGUGGUAACUCUGCAAUGUGUAGCAACAGGCAUUCCAACUCCUAUAAUAACAUGGCUUGAAAAUGGAAAAGCUGUGUCAGCUGGAUCCAUUGUAGAAACAGUAGAAAACAGAAUGAUUGAUUCCCGGCUGCAGGUUUAUGUCACUCGGCCAGGUUUAUUCACCUGUAUAGCCACUAACAAGCACAGUGAGACUUAUGGCACUGCAAAAGCUGCAGCAACAAUUAAUGUUUCAGAGAGCAUUGCCUUGCUGUAAAGGAUCUCUACUGCUUUAAGGAAUGGCUUGCGAUGGAAGAAAAUGCCCGCAAAGGCAUUUAUAAGCCGGCACUGAUGUUGCUUACUUUGCCAGAGUGUAACAGACUUCCCAGCAUGCACCAUGAACCUACCGUCUGCACCAGGAUCCCCCAUUUUGAUCUGAAAAAAGAAAGCGCAACAAAAACUUGUUACAAAGGAAAUGGGGUGACAUACGAAGGUUCGGUGAAUGUCACAGCUUCUGGUCUUCCUUGUCAGGAGUGGAGUGCGCAGGUUCCUCAUGCACAUAGAAAAAUACCUGAGAUUUUCCCAGACCUCUUCAACGCGAUCAAUUAUUGUCGUAAUCCAGGAGGUGAAAAUGAGCGGCCCUGGUGUUAUACAAGAGAUCCUUCUAUCCCGUGGGAAUACUGCCACAUACCUCAGUGUGAAGAUGAUUCUUUGGCACUAGGAACAACAAGAUUGAGUACAGCAUCUCCACAUUUCCCUUUCUUCCCCCCCCUCUCUCCUACCUACUCCAUGACUGUCGUCAUCUCCAUCAUCUCCAGCUUUGCAAUGGUCAUCAUUCUCAUUAUUACAAUCCUUAUUUGUUGUCGGAGACGCAAGCAAUGGAAAAGCAAAACAAGAGAAUUUGCACCCCCAGCUCUGACAACUCUUCCUUCGGAGCUCUUGUUGGACAGGCUGCACCCCAACUCUAUGUACCAACGCAUGCCUCUACUUUUGAAUCCCAAAUUAUUCAGUUUGGAAUAUCCACGAAAUAAUAUUGAAUAUGUGAGAGAUAUUGGGGAAGGUGCCUUUGGUCGUGUCUUUCAAGCAAGGGCUCCUGGACUGCUUCCUUAUGAACCCUUCACAAUGGUUGCAGUGAAGAUGCUCAAAGAAGAAGCCUCAGCAGACAUGCAGGCUGAUUUUCAAAGAGAGGCAGCUCUCAUGGCUGAAUUUGACAAUCCAAACAUUGUCAAACUUUUAGGGGUAUGUGCUAUUGGAAAGCCCAUGUGCCUGCUUUUCGAAUAUAUGGCAUUUGGAGACCUGAAUGAAUACCUGCGCAACCAAUCACCACGUAACCUUUGUAACCCAAACAACAACAACCUGGAGCCAAAGAUGAGGCCCUCCAGCCCUAAUGUGCUCACUCUUUCUUGCACUGACCAGCUCUGCAUCGCCAAACAAGUAGCAGCUGGAAUGGCCUAUCUUUCAGAACGCAAGUUUGUGCACCGGGAUCUGGCCACCAGAAACUGUUUGGUCGGAGAAAAUUUGGUGGUUAAAAUUGCUGACUUUGGCCUCUCCAGAAAUAUGUACUCAGCAGACUAUUACAAGGCCAACGAAAACGAUGCCAUCCCCAUACGUUGGAUGCCCCCUGAAUCUAUCUUCUAUAACCGCUAUACCACGGAGUCUGAUGUCUGGGCCUACGGGGUGGUCCUGUGGGAAAUUUUUGCCUUUGGCAUGCAACCCUAUUAUGGGAUGGCUCACGAGGAAGUCAUUUAUUAUGUAAGGGAUGGAAAUAUCCUGUCGUGCCCUGAUAAUUGCCCUUUGGAGCUGUACAACCUGAUGCGCCUUUGUUGGAGCAAGUUGCCUUCUGAUAGGCCAAGCUUUGCAGGCAUCCACCGUAUUCUGGAGCGAAUGUACGAAAGGGCAAUGGCUGCUGAACAGGCAAUGUUUCCCAUCGGAAAGUGAAGCAGGGUCCAAAAGAGACAUCGUUGCAACUUUUUUAAAAAAAACCCUCAUCAUCUAAAUAUCAUUUUUCGUUUUAAAACUCUCAAAUAAAACUUUUUGCUGUGCCUCGGAAUCCAAUGUGGCUAGAAAAGACAUCCAAACGGAUACAAAAAACAAAAUAACAGUCAGCUAACUUAAUAGCAGAACCUCAAGUACCAAAUGAGCUGAAAGAACAGACAAGCUUCAGGUGUGUCAGGCUUCAGACUAUUUCUGAAAACCCAAUUCCAAACAAUUUCGAGAAUAUCACUGUUGAUUUUACACAGCUGUUUCUCUGUAAAUACUGUAGUUGUUUUACCUGAAUCAGAACAUUGUUUGAUCUAGCUGUGAAUCCUAUUCCGACUGUAAGGGGCUUUGGACAGUGGUCUUUCCUGUUCUCUCUUAGAUUGUUUAAUUGAUGACAUGAGGGAUUGUAUUUGAGACCACUACUGUACCAUGGAAAUAGUGGGUGCCAUCACUGAAUGAUUUCUUAGUGCAGAUGCAGGGAAGGCUGUUCUAAUGGAAUUGGAUGAAUACCACAGCUAUAGCUGGGAGGCGUCUCAGGAAACUGGUCCAGUAUAUCUGCAGAGCUCCAGGUUCAGAAAGUCUGCUGAAAUCUUUUCUUACAAAUAGGUAAGAGGAAAUAAACAAGGACAAAUCUUGUUUUAUAUCUUUCAGUGGUGAAUAUUAUUGUACAGAUAGAUUAGGAGCUAUUAUUUUAAUUAAAUACUGUCUUGGUUCCAGAAAUUUUUAUUGGUUUAUGAAAAUAUAAUGUAAAAUAUAAAAAUACAAAAGAAAAUAAUGGGAAAAUGAGGGAGACGGGAAGGGAAA